AUGGCACUUCUUGUCGUCACCCACUGGUGCCUCCUCCUCCUCCUCCUCAACAUCCUCCACCUUGAAGCAGCCCAAGACCUCCUCGCAACCCUAGACUACGGCACGUUCCAAGGCGCCUACUCGUCCACCUACAACAUCAGCUACUGGCAAAAGAUCCCCUUCGCCGCCCCGCCCGUCGGCGCCCUCCGGUUCCGCGGCCCGCAACCCCCGGCGCCCCUCCCCAACGGCACCGUCUACAACUCCACCCAGACCUUUGACAUGUGUCCCCAGCGCACCGUCAACGGCUCCGAGGACUGUCUGUACCUGGGCCUGUACGCACGGCCCUGGACAGCGACGACGGCAGCACAACCACCGCCUCUCCGGCCUGUCGUGGUGGUGUUUUAUGGCGGGGCGUAUAUCGAGGGGGAUGCGAGCUUCUCCAUCCCGCCGAGCGCGUAUCCUGUGCUGAACGUCUCGGAGGGGACGGAUCUGGUGUUUGUGUAUGCGAAUUAUAGGACGAAUGCGUUUGGGUUCUUGCCGGGGCGGGAGAUUGCGGCGGAUCGGAAUGGGAGUGAUUUGAAUCCGGGCUUGUUGGAUCAGGAUGCUGCUAUCAAGUGGACCCAAAAGUACAUCUCCGCCUUCGGAGGCGACCCAAACCAAAUCUCCAUCUGGGGCCAGUCGGCCGGCGGAGGCAGCGUAGUAGCCCAGGCCAUCGCCCGCGCCGGCGUCCCCGCCGGCGCCCAGAGCAGCCCACGCCCGAGGCUCAGCCGCGCCCUGGCGUCGAGCCCCUUCUGGGUCAAGACCUACGACUACGACGCGCCCCAGGCCCAGGCCAUCUACGACAGCUUCAGCACGCUGGUCGGGUGCGGGACGGGGCCGGGCAGCCUGGCGUGCCUCAAGCAGGCCGACGUGCAGGCCCUGCGCAACGCGAGCCUGGUCGUGGACGCGAGCCACACGUACAACACGAGCAGCUACACGUGGGCGCCCGUGAUUGACGGCCGGUUCCUGACGAUGCGGCUGAGCGAGGCGAGCGAGAAGGGGCUGGUGAACAUGGACUAUGGCUGGGGCAUGUACAAUACCCACGAGGGCCAGAACUUUGUCCCGCCUGGGCUGGCUGAUGCGAACAACACGGGCUCGCCGCCCUUCAACGAGAGCCUGGCCAGUUUCGAUGGCUGGUUGGCGGGUUACCUGCCUGACUUCUCCGAGGCCGACCUGGACAAGGUCAAGGAGCUGUACCCGGAGGACGGGAGCAGCGAGCUGAUCCCAAGCUACAACACGACGUUUAUCCGGGCAGGCCUGAUCUUUAGGGACUCUGUGCUGGCUUGUCCUGGGUACUGGAUGGCGGGCGCUGCAUCCAAGGGCAAUUUUCUGGGUGAAUACUCGAUUUCGCCUGCGACUCAUGGUUCUGAUACUGAAUGGUGGGACACAAUUAGCUCCGUGCAAGAGACCGAACCAGAGAUCUACAAAGGCUAUACCGGAGCCUUCGCCUCAUUUUUCAUGACAGGCGACCCGAACGCUAUGAAACUGACACCCAGUAACGUCUCGGGCGUGCCUCCGCUCUCCUCAGGCGAGGAGUUCAACAUCAAUGCCGAUGGCUUUGCAGACGUCACGCUGACGCAGUUCAAGACGCGGUGUGACUUUUGGAAGAGCGUCGCCGCCAAGAUACCUAUAUGA